AUGAACUAUCCGGAAGCAGACAGUGUAUACAAGAUAGGAGAUACAAUGCUAAUUGAGUGGUACACAAAAGAGAGUAGCUUGAUGGCGCCACCUGUAACAGAAAAAUAUGCUACAAUUGUCUUGGCUUAUGGUCAAAGAGACAACUUGACCAUAGACCGCAUCAUGACAACCAAGUCUGACCUGAGCUUGGGGUUCUACCAAUGGAUCAUUCCAACUACAGUUGAGUCCAGAACAGAUUAUGUUAUUGAAGUUGGCACAGAUGCAUCAAACAUUGCCUUUGCAGGAUACAUUACAAUAAAUCGACGUAGUUUGGUGGUAGCAGCGACUACAACUACAACUGCAGCAUCUAGCGUCGCAACUCAUAAAGCGCUUGGAUUAAGCUAG